CAAAAACAGCCCAGCCCAGCCCAGCCUACCUUUCCUCCAAUCCCGUAUCUUUUUGCUUCCCCUUCACUGAGCAACAAAGAGAGAAAUAAGCUGGGAACGGGCAGGGGAGGAAAGAGACAGAGACGUACAAAGCCAGAGGGUAUUGGGCAGACCGCGUUUCAGGCAAAGAGGAAGACAUAGAAGGGUGCCACCGGCAAUAUGAGGAGGCUUCUUCCACUUUGAAAAGGAGAGAAGAAGACGCAGCAGCUUCUUCAGUUUUUUAAAGAGGGAAAACAGAAGCCAAAAGGGGAAAGAGAAAAGGAAAUCGGAGUUCUCCCAAUCAUUCUGCAGGAAAUCAAAAACCCAAGGAAAUUUAUUCAACAUCGGCAAUACACGGAGCUAUGAACCAUCUUUCAUCUAGUCAGCGCCUCCUUUCAUCUUCCCCAAACCAGGGAGUUUCUGCGAGAGCCUCUCAGCUUUGAACGAGCUUAUUGCAAAAUUUGCAUUCCGGCUGUUGCCAAGCAGUUCAACAUCAUCAACGUAUUGUUUUUAGCACAUAGAACUCACAGAGGGAGUAAACCUAUAGAUAGAGAUUGAAGCAGAGGGUUUCCUUGUUGCGAAGAGAGCCCAUCAACCUAUUAUGCAAGAAAAGCAAAGCGAAAAGGAGAAAAAAGUAAGAAGAGGAGAGAAAGUAGGUAUGGCUUCAUCUUCAGGGGCUGAAAGCGAAAGCCAGUCACCUAGCAUUUACAUCCCACAAGAAUGGUCUGAGGCAGCAGAGUCUGUAGCACACGAUUCCAUCACUUGGCCUCCCCCUGUUGUUCUAGUUUGUGGUCCCAAAAACUCCGGCAAAACGACCUUCUCCCGCAUAAUUCUCGAUGUUCUUCUCAAGAGAUACAAAAAAGUAGCUUAUUUUGAUACAGAUGUUGGCCAGCCUGAGUUCACUGCCCCUGGUUUUCUCUCCCUGGUUAUAGUUGAGGAAACACCUUCUGAUUUGACAAUUCCAUGCAUGAAGACUCCAGAAAGAUGCUUUUUCUUUGGUGAUAUUUCUUCGAAGAGGAAUCCAACUACAUACUUGAAAUAUGUAUUCACCCUAUAUGAUUAUUACCGAAAAGAGUACUGCAUUUAUGAUGAGGGCAAAAAUCAUGCUAGGACAAAGGUGCCUCUUAUUGUAAAUACGCCUGGUUGGGUGAAAGGUAUUGGUUAUGACAUAUUGGUGGAUAUUCUAAAAUAUAUUGCUCCAAGCCAUGUAGUUAAGAUAAAUAUUUCCGCUGGGAGAAAGAAUCUACCAUCUGGGGCAUUCUGGUUGGAUGAUAACAACUACAGGCUUGGUAAUCUUAUAGAGAUUAAAUCAGCUCACCAAGAUACUCUCAAUAGAUCAGUUCUAAUUCAAAAGGAUGCAAGCCUCAUGCGGGAUUUUCGAAUAAUGGCUUACUUUAGGCAGUGCAUUCCUAGUGAGAAGAAUAUCAACACAAUAAGAGAACUUGCACAUGAACUUGCUUCCCUUCCUCCCUAUGCGGUUCCAAUAACAGCAAUAAAGAUUAGACAUCUUCACUGUCAGGUUCCCAGCACAGAAAUUUUCUACAGUUUGAACUCUACCAUUGUUGGCUUGGCAACCAGUUCUGAAAUGUUUGAAGAUUUAACUUCAUGUGUUGGUCUUGGAAUUGUUAGAGGAAUUGACGCGCUCAAGGGCUUGCUCUAUCUAAUCACCCCAAUUCCACACAGCAUUCUGGAAAAAGUUGAUCUUUUGCUGCAGGGUUACAUCCAAGUUCCUUCUUCCUUGAUGCAGGUAAAGGGAUGCAGAUCGCCUUACAUGUCUUCUAAUGUUUUGCGAGCUAACUGAUGUUUCUGGUGACGAUAGCUAGCAACUUCUCUCACACAAUUUUUACACUGGUGUUUCAACUGAGUAUUUUCAGAGAAGAGAAGAUCACUAUAGAUGCAUAGGAUGAACCAGUUUUCAUUUACAUAAGAUUUUCAGACUGCUUUUGCUUGAUUUUAAUUCACAGGAAACUCCUUUUGUUUUCUUUUGGUUUUUAUUUUAUUAUUUUAUUUUUUUCAUCUCAUAGCCUGUUUUUACAGAACUCACAGGUUCUUGACACUCAAAUCUCCAACUUUCAUUUCUGAAUCAAAGGCCAAAAAUUUCCUUCUGCUGUUAGUUUUAUGAAACAAAUUAAGCCAAGCAUGUACUUGUCUAAGCCAAUUCAGAGAGAUUUGAAUUUAUCAUUUGUGCGGAAUUCUAAGUCUAAAUAAGAAGAGUGAUUAUAAUACCUUUCCA